CAUCGCACGUGCCUGUGCACUUGGUGUGGAUAUAGCUUUAUUGUACCUACCAAAGAGGAUUAUUUAAAAAAGUUUUUUAGUAAGCAAGAAGAAAUCCUCUUAAAGACUUCUGUCACACCAGGCGCGUCAAGGUGUCGUAUUCAAGAACUAUUCAAGAGUAAUUUUUUUGCCGCUUUUCCAAAAUAUUCGUGAAAAUGUGACCAACAGCGAGAACAUUUUCAAAAGACCCAUAAAAUGGCAUAUUUUACUUCGCUAUGGAAGGCCAGGAUUAUCGAGAAUUGCAAAAAGGAGUACGAGGAUGAAAAAAUUAACUCGAUACUCACGUCCAACAUAAAUAUACCUCGUAAGACCACGAGUAUGAUGCAGAAAUGGCGCAUUUAUAGACGCGAGACGAAAACGCGAUUGACUGGGAAGCUAAAGAAAUUAUUUCCCGAUGGUUCCUCUGUAUCCAACUUGUAUUUUUACUUGAAAACUGACCAGAUGUGUCCUGAUAUCAUCUUGAAAAGCGUCGUUGGGUUCUUUGGUGGCAUUGUACUGACAUACCUUUGCUUUGUGUUCUUUGUGUUCCAAUUGUCGAUAUCACUGAUACAUGCUACCAUUAUGAGCUCUGUCAUUGGUGUUCUACUUACUCUGGGUCUGGCCUUUAGUUAUAGAAUCAGAUGCUUAGUAUUCCUACUGAUUCCUCAACUGUUCUCCCGCGUGGGACGUUACACUCUCACUUGCUACGCCCUCGUCCUGAUACUGACUGGACCGGCCACUAAUACCUUCAAGAACUCAGAAGUGCUAUCAGAGUCUAUGGCUUGUAGUCAGGAGCAAAUAAAAACGAGCGUUAGAGAAAUAAACGAGUCCAUGAAAAAACCUUUCAACGCAAUGAAGGACACUGUAAUGCUAAUGGUGGAGACAAUCAAACGACUCACCUCCACUCUCGACGAGAAUAUCUCGAGGAUAAGUGUUCUGGUUAUAGGUAUCGCGGACGUUAUCCAAUCAUCUCUAUCCUGGUUGAAUUCUGUCGGCAAUACUUGCAACGAAAAGUUUGGGACUCCGUACGAUUACUGUUUGAAAGCUGUUGAUCGUGGUGUGUUGAACUGUAAGAAGACCUUCAAAGGCGAUCUCUCGUGGUUAUGCAGUGCUUCCUUUGCUGCAAAGUCCGCUUGUUGGAGUGUGAGACCGUUUGAAUCUGUAUGCUUUAUUGCUGAUUAUGCUACCACGACAUUUGCCGCAACUGUGAAAAGAAAGCUAAGAGACUUUACUGAUCGAAUCAAUAGAACGUUAUUCGUGCACAUCGAAACCCAGCAUACCUACACAUUUACCAGCAACGCAAGUCACAGUGCCAGCCAGGUCGCUGCUGGCAUCGUCACUGAACUCAGGAACCGGGCUGAUCCUCUCCUCACUUGGUUGUCUUGGAGCUCUUGUGUCACAAGCUUGUUCCUAUUGCUCAUCAUAUUUAGAGCCAAAUAUUAUCAGCACAUGUUCGAAACGCGAUCACGCUUCGAUAACCGGUACGUGACUCAAGAGCUGCGUGAAUUAGAUCUAAAGAGGUACCGGGAGGGCCGGGAAACUAUAUUACCCCUGAAUAGGAGAGAACAAGCCAAAUAUAUUAAUGUAACUUCUUUCCGUUUAGUAACAAGUGAGAAACUUUAUCUUACCCGCACCAUGGUUUUCAUGGUGAUUACAACGUUCAAGCUUCUCAUACACAUCGUCGCGGACUAUAGUCUGUACUGGGUUCUUAUAACCAUACGCUACCAUGGAAGAUCCCAAACAUUAUUGCCACCUGGUCCGUCUAACGCAGGCGUCCAAAUAUCGGGACACGGGAUUGUGGCUGAUUUUAUCCGAUCUAUAUUUAAUGCCUUAACUCUGGCUCUGGUGCAAAACAUUCCAUCGCCUGUCGCCUGUCUCCCGAAUCCUUAUCCACCUGAUUUUCAACGUUAUACGCAAAUUGCCGUUUUAAUUAUGCUCUUGUGGUUCUUUGCUUUAUUUGAACCAUACGGUCUUCGUCUUCGACACGUUAUAAUGGGGCAUUAUCGACCAGAGCGCGCUAGAACACGCGCUGUUUGGCUUUACAACCAUAUAUUGAGGACUAGAGGUAGCUUUAUGAAAUUGGCUCGCAGAAAACUUCAUCGUGAAUACAAAUAUUCAGAUCAAGAGAAUCUCACAUUUCGGCACUGGAUAAAUUCACUUUUACCAUGUUGGUGCCUUCGUUAUAUUUUCGGUACUUUACCUAAAGAGCCUCAUUGUUUACUAUGUAAUGCUUUGGAAGAAGAAGAUGAUUCUGAUAUGAAACUUAUAACUUGUAAAAUGGCUAAAUGUCCAGGGGUCUAUUGUACACGGUGCUUUUGUGAUAUUGGCCAUUUAUGUACCAUUUGUUUACCUCCCGAGGACUAUGGGGAUAUCAGUGAUAUAAGCUUAGAAAAAGGUUCAUCCGAUGAGAGUAGUGAUCAAGAGUAUGAAGAUAGUGGUGAUCACAAUAGUGACGAUGCUUUUGCGUUUAAAAGAAACAAAGUGCAUGAUGAUGAAACCGAAAAACUAAUCAAAAAAUCAGACACAAAGAAAAAAUGUAAACGAAGAAAAGAUCUAAAAGAACAUAAAAAUCAAGCUGAAGAUGAAAUAUCACUGAUUCCAUCGGAUGAUGAACCGAUAAAUGAACUAGUUAAUAGUCAAUAUACAAAAUACUUGAUCAAUUAUAAUACUCUCCUUAUGAAUAUAAUGAAAAAUAAAAAAAAUAUUAAUUCAAAAGAACUAGAAGAAGACAUUAUUGAUUUAAAUAAUAAUUGGUAUUUAUUGCAUCCCCAUAAGAAUAUGCAAAAAGUGAUGGGUUUGUAUGACUUUGAGAAAUAUAAUAAAACAGAUGAUAAAGGGAAAAAUGUUGAUAACGGUAAAAAUUGUUUAAUUAAGCCUAGAAAAAUAUGUCAAAACAAAUUAAAAAUAAAUGUAAGAAGUAAUACAUGGCAUCAUAUUUUAAGAAUACUGUCUAAAAAACUUCGCGUUCGUCGCUUCAAGAUCUUUAAAUGUUCAGAACUUUGGUGUGAUUGCAUUUAUAAAUUAAAUAUCUAUAAUAUUAAAAUUACAGCACGAUCAUUUCAUGUAUCAAAAAUAAAUAAAUUCAAACGUGGAUAUCAUAAGACUUCCAAUCCGAAAAACAAAAUUAUCAGAAAUUACAUGAGACAUACAUCCAAUGCCCAUAAAAUAUUUUUAACAGCAAACAAAUGUAUAAAAUCCAAAAAUAAAGAUCAAAGGUGUAAAAAUAAACACGAUAUAGACUUAAAUACUUUAACGAUUGAUAGAGAAUCUCAUGAAAGCAAUAAAAAGCAAAAAAAAACCAUAGAUAUAGAUGUAUCCAAAAAACACAAAAAUGUGUCUAAAAAUAAACAUAGUUCGAAUGGGGUUCAAAAAUUCUGUACUUUCUGCUCAUCUUGUCUUAAAACGAAUGAAACACCUUCAAGCAAAAUUGUUAUAGGAAGUGACUGUUCUUUUUUAGAAGACAAUACUAAUUUUAAGUGUAGAAAAAAAAUGGCGAAGGAAAAUAAAACUGAAAUAUAUAACAGAAACUGUAUGGCUAAAGAAGAAAAUAUCCAUGUUAGAAAUUAUAGAUUAUCCUCAUAUCUAUCGAAUCAGAACUGGUUAUGGCAAAAGUUAUAUAAGGACCCCGAUAAGGAGAGGAUGAAAAGAUUGAACGAUUUAUGCGAUCUAGCAAAACUACGAAUGACGGUUGGCGAUCAGCAAGCUAAGGAAACUCAAUUACUAAAACCCAUCAAAAAAGUUUUCAAAAUGACUGUAAGCAAAUGUCGAUGUCCCUCAAAUGUUUCCAUUUAUGAAGGAAAACCAAACAAAACUGAAAAAUUAGACAUCAUAUAGGUUACGAAGUCUCACCCAGACGUCCAAAACCGAAGAAGAAUGUCCGUGAACUCG